ACAGUUUCUAAGCUUCCACUGUCUCUCUCUAACUCUCUCUAGACGAAGCCCUCUCUCUCUCUCUCUCUCUCUCUCUCUCUCUCUCUCUCUCUGAUAUGGAAGAGGUUGAGUUCAUAAAUCAAUCCUUCUUUCACCACAUCACUCCUUCAAAGAUUUCUGGGUGUGAUCUGUUGGGGGAGUGAGUAUCAGUUUGGAGAGGCAUAGAUAUCAAAAUGGAUGUCAAAGGCAAGAGCAAGAUGCCUCCCAACGAUGAUGAUAUCCCUAACCCCAAGAGAACUCGCCCUUCUUCCUCAUCUGGUAUUGGAGCUGGAUCUGCAGCGGAAGGUGAUCUUUCCAUGGUUGAAUUUUUGUCUCGAUUUCAACCUCACUUGACCAACUGGAUACACAAGGAAGUGGAGAAUGCACUUCAAACUCAUGUUCCUCCUUUUUUGGAAUUCCUAAGAGGAAGGAGAGAGGCUGGAGAAGUAGCAAUUAUUGGAGGAGGGGUUGAGAAGUUCAAGCUAUUUUUCUGCAUCCAACCAGCCUCCACUAUCUUCACCAACAAUGAAAUCCAAGCAGAAAACGGUGAGGCUGUGGGAGUUGCAAUUUAUGAUGCCACAACCAAUGCCAUAGUCCGCACGGGUCCUCUGUCAUCGGCCCCGGUUGGGCUCGUCCUUCUCGAUGGAGGCUAUGAUGAAACUAACCCUAGUUUGAGUGAAUUCAAUCGAAACAUUUUGUCCUCAAGAGAAGGGAAAAGGCCUUUACUGGUUGGGAGUGAUAUCAAACUCAACCUCGAGAAUGGCUUUGCUUCCAUCAAGUGUGUGUCUAUCACCGACAACUCGAGUUGGAUAAAAUCCAAGAAGUUUCGUUUCGGAGCGAACAUUGUCGAUGAAAACAUUCUAGCCAUGUUUCCAACUAUUGGGGCUGCGGUGUCUCAACGUUUUAGGGUCUUGGAUCACCGUGGAGAAGUGAACAAGAAGCAUCAUCCUCCGAGCAUAGAAGAUGAAGUUUGGCGACUCGAAGGGAUAGGAAAAGAUGGCGCAUAUCACAAAAACUUAUCAUUGCAUGACAUCAAUACUGUGGGCGACUUCGUGCUGAAAUACGAUGAAAUAGGUCCGGCCGCUCUACAAAAGCUGCUUGGUAACAAAGUUCCAAAGAAGACAUGGACAAUGAUGGUUCAAAAUGCUUUUGAGUGUCUGAGUUAUCCCGAUCCAUCCUUGGAGGUAAAUUUUUCGAUAAAUAAUGUCAUGGGAGAUCAAGCUUUCAACGAAAGUGUUGAUACUUUUGGGCAAAACAAUUUGGAUAAUUGGUAUGAGAGCCCGAAAAACUACUUUUCAGAAAACUUUGGAUAUGGGCUUGCUGAUGGUUUACCGCCAUUGCUUCCUUGUGAAGCUCCAGCUUCAUAUGACCCAGCUACAACCACAACUAUGCAAGCACUCACACCCAACACGAUCAAAGACAUUUGACAAAGUGAGUAUCCAAACUCAAACGAUUCUUACGACUAUCUUUUACCAUUCUAUGCAACAAUAACUUAAGUCAGACUCUUUCCUUUAGAUUUGAUAUAGACUUUACCUUAUUCGACAUAUACCUCUUAUAUAUGUAAAACAUUUCGCACCGGUAGUUUGUUUUAAUUAGUUGUCUGUUACUUGUUUUCUCUGUGAUUCAGACAUUUGCAUCCUUAAAUUCCGACUAUA